GGGAGUAAGAUCAACAUAUAUAUUCAGCUCAUACGUAGUAUACGUGUAUAUAUAUUCCGCAGCUCUAAGCUAGCAGAUAAGAACAGAAAUAUACACAUAUCAAUUGGAUCAUAGCAAUGGCAGCUGUGGACAUCGUAUACCUAAAAGAGGGGAACCUCCGGCGGCUCGCCGAUCUGAUUCGCGAGCAAGAAGUUCAGAACAUGUACUACAUGAAUUUCAGCAGCGUAGCCGAACAAGUGCAGUACCUGACGAUGUGCAACAACAAUGCCGCAUCGGUGAGGACACUCCUGGACGAGUGCUUAGCACUGGCGGCCAAGUACAAGAGCUCAAACGACGCCGUCCGGGGAAGGAUCUCGGAUCAGACUCUCGUCUACGCCGAGCACUGUCUCAACAACGCGCUGCAGCUGUUCCGGAAUUUCACGCUCCGCCGGGACUACCUUGACAAAAUGCAGGACCACUUCACCCAGAUCUUCCAGGCCGUCGAGGACCUCGACUCCGGGAGCUCGCCGGAGGUUUCGGAUCUCUCCGACACCAUCCAGGAGUACGACCAAAUGAUUGUGAGCUACAUCAGGCUCAAUGUCAACACCUACGCUUCCCAGGAGUACUCCAAAUUUCUCGCCAACAGCGGCGUCGAGUUCAGCGAUCUGGUACGGACUCACAAAGCGAAGCUCGGAUUCACCGGCCGGUUCGAGGACUUGGAGGAGGAGGAGAAGCUGGCGGUAUACACUUCCGUCCUUGAGGAAUCGGGUCGGCUGAAGGCAUUGGAUGGCCCAAAGGCAGCCGCCGACCCAUCCUCGAUUUCGUAUUGGCACGGUGGGAGGAAGAAGAAAUUCAAAUUCGGGUCGGCCGCGAUGUUCCUGAUGGACAUGGGUCAGAUCGUAUGGGACGUGUACUCCUCGGGUGAGCCACUCACGACGGCCUUAAGAGAGGCGUUGAUUUUCGCGGCGGAAGCCGGUGGGGCUGCGUUGGGGAAGCUCGUCGCCACUGCAGCAGCAACUCACUUGCUCGGCGCCAAGGCUUCUGCCACGUUCGUCGCCGCCGCUGGAAUCGUCGGGGGAAUUGUUGGAGCCUUCAUCGCCGGAGCUGUUGCUGGACUUUUGUUUGGCCUGAUUUUCAACUCCGGCGGGGAAGCCCCCCUUCCUACCGACGGCUUCAUCCUCUACGUCGUUCCUAUGCCCAAUGGCCGGGACCUGGCCCCACUCCUUAACUAAUCCAUUCAUCUAGGCGCGCCCGUCCCCACCCCCUCCCCUGCGGAGUCAUAAUAAACGAGUGCGGGAGUAUCGAGUAAAUAAGUUAAUCUUUUGUGUAAAAUGUAAUAAUGUUCUAUCUCAAGGAGAACAAUAAUGAUGAUGGUUGUUUCAAAAUCCAAUUUGAUGUUUUUUAAAAAAUAUUAAAAGUUAAUUUAGAA